CAUGCGCGCGGAUCAGGGGCGCGGGUCUACAGACCCACAGGCACCGGCUGGGGCACAAGCUGGGAACGCGUGCGACUCUCCGGGCCCGCGGGACUGUCCACUACUUCGGGUCCCCGCGAGUGCCGAGCGCCGGCUCCGAACUCUGUUCGCAGCUGGUAGUGGGGUUGGGGGGCUUCGCGGAGUUCUUGAAUUGGAGCGACGCUGGGUCCUCUGUUUGUCCCCUGGAGGGGAGGGCCCACGGGCGGGGACAUCGGGGCGCGUCCUUCCCACGGCGCGGUGCAUUGGGGCGUCACCCACCGGGGGGCGUUUCCUGAGACCCUCAGGGAUCUCAGAGGCGAGGUAACCUGAGGACCGGACAGACUGAUUCUGGGAUCACUGAGCCCGGCUACUCCUGUGGAUCUGGAGAAACGCGGCCAAGACUGAAGUUCAAGGCCCUGUCCUACCGGUGGAACUGACCUUUGUGGCUAGUCAAGCUCAGGAACAAGACGCUGUCAUCACAGAUCGACGCUCUGUGGCCUGCCUGGCCACUUCCAGUCAACAUGGUGGACACAGAGAGCCCCAUCUGUCCCCUCUCUCCACUUGAGACAGAUGACCUGGAGAGUCCCUUAUCAGAAGAAUUCUUACAAGAAAUGGGAAACAUUCAAGAGAUUUCUCAGUCCCUUGGGGAAGAGAGUUCUGGAAGCUUUAGUUUCACAGACUACCAAUAUUUAGGAAGCUGUCCAGGCUCUGAGAGCUCUGUCAUCACAGACACACUCUCUCCAGCUUCCAGCCCCUCCUCAGUCAGCUGCCCUGUGAUCCCCGCCAGCACGGAUGAGUCCCCUGGCGGUGCACUCAACAUUGAGUGUCGGAUAUGUGGGGACAAGGCCUCAGGCUACCACUACGGAGUCCAUGCGUGUGAAGGCUGCAAGGGCUUCUUUCGGCGAACUAUUCGGCUAAAGCUGGUGUACGACAAAUGUGACCGGAGCUGCAAGAUUCAGAAAAAGAACAGGAAUAAGUGCCAGUACUGCCGCUUCCACAAGUGCCUGUCUGUCGGAAUGUCACACAAUGCGAUUCGUUUUGGGCGGAUGCCAAGAUCUGAGAAAGCAAAACUGAAAGCAGAAAUUCUUACAUGUGAACAUGAUCUGGAAGAUUCGGAGACUGCAGACCUCAAAUCUCUGGCCAGGAGAAUCCACGAGGCCUACCUGAAGAACUUCAACAUGAACAAGGUCAAGGCCCGGGUCAUCCUGGCAGGAAAGACCAGCAAUAACCCGCCUUUCGUCAUACAUGACAUGGAGACCUUGUGUAUGGCUGAGAAGACGCUUGUGGCCAAGAUGGUGGCCAAUGGCAUCCAAAAUAAGGAGGCAGAAGUCCGAAUCUUCCACUGCUGCCAGUGCAUGUCCGUGGAGACCGUCACCGAGCUCACAGAAUUCGCCAAGGCCAUCCCAGGCUUUGCAAACUUGGACCUGAAUGACCAAGUAACCUUGUUAAAGUAUGGUGUGUAUGAAGCCAUAUUCACAAUGCUGUCCUCCUUGAUGAACAAAGACGGGAUGCUGAUAGCGUAUGGCAACGGCUUCAUCACGCGGGAGUUCCUGAAGAACCUGAGGAAACCAUUCUGUGACAUCAUGGAACCCAAGUUUGAUUUUGCCAUGAAGUUCAACGCCCUAGAACUGGAUGACAGUGACAUUUCCCUAUUUGUGGCUGCUAUAAUUUGCUGUGGAGAUCGGCCUGGCCUUCUAAACAUAGGAUACAUUGAGAAGAUGCAGGAGGGUAUCGUGCAUGUGCUCAAGCUCCACCUGCAGAGCAACCAUCCCGACGAUACCUUUCUCUUCCCGAAACUUCUUCAAAAAAUGGUGGACCUUCGGCAGCUGGUCACGGAGCAUGCGCAGCUCGUGCAGGUCAUCAAGAAGACCGAGUCCGACGCAGCACUGCACCCGCUACUGCAGGAGAUCUACAGGGACAUGUACUGAUUUCUCCUGAGUCGGCAGCCAUUGCCACCGUCCAGGGACCUCUGAGGUCUGCAGCCCCACACAGGAGAGCAGGGAUUUGCACAGGCGACCACCCUCCUACCCUUGGAGAUGAAGGGGGCUGAGCCUAGGUAAUGCAGGCUCUUCCCACGUCUUUCCUUUCUGAAUUGGCACUUCUAAGAACACCUGUUACUCAAAGGCUGUUGAGCGGAGGCUAAUAGGAUUCAAUCAGAGAAUGGCAGUCCCCGGGCUGAUCUUAACUGGUCCCGCGCUAAUCAAUGCACGUUUCUCUACAUCGCGUUUAUAAUUUGCCCCUAUAAUUAAUGUGUAACUUCAAAAUCUGAGUGUUCUCAUCUCUGCUCACCGACCUUCUGGCUGUGUGUACCCUAGGAAAUCCCGAAAACUAAUCUGCACUUUUUAACCUUUAAAAUCCACAAGUCACCACACGGCCCAGGGUUAGCCAUUUAGACCUGGCGAAAUGUUUAUUGGGAAGACGUCACUUCCGUUUCCUAGCUCUAAGAAAGAGAGCUGGCUUCUGAGAACAUUCGAGAAUGGCUAGAAUAUGCAGCCCCAUCAUUUCCUUUGUUGACUCACUGUUUUGGAGGGUGUAACUAAUAUGUGGGGGAAAAAAACCCAACCAAAAAAAAAAAAAAAUUUCCAGGUUUGUGUAGAAGUUCCCAGAAAGCUACAAUCUCAAGAAGUCUCAAGAGGCCUACUUGAGCUAAUGUCUGAUACACAAAGACAGGAUGAGCCCGGAGCAACAAGUUCUGCAAUCCUGUCCAUGCUAACCCCAUAGCUUGUGGGCAUGACAGCAAUUCCGGAGAUGGAGUCACGGAAGAUCUGUAAACGCUCCUCUAGGCCCCCUCUGGCAGCUCCUUUAAUAUGACACUUUAUGGCUCUUUUGGUUUUUAAAUCUUGGUGGGGAGAUACUCCCUGGAGUGGAGAAGGCAAAGGUGACUUUACUACCCAGGCUAGGAGGAUCUGGUGACCCUGGAGAACAAGAGGCAGGGGUGUGGUGUCCUUCCCCUUCUACUAUCUGUACCCAAUAGAAGAUCUCACAACA